AUGUGCGCGCUAAGGUACCCGGCUGCAACUUGUGAUAGGACCCAAGGAAGCGAGGCGCGUCGACCACUGGCCACUCGCACUCGCCAGGACAACGUGUCCGUGCAAGAUCAACGUCCAAGAUCAUCGAAACAUGCGCAGCCCAUCCACGUCUUAGCUGCUGACCUCAGUCACAAGCAAGUCAUGGGAUCGUGGUCAGAACGAAGCAGUAUGUGA